AUGUCCCUCGCAAACACCGCGAACCCCGCCCCAAACAGGCUACGCAGCAUUGCGUUCGCCGCCAGCGCGCUGGCGCUCAUCACAAGGCCGAACCCAAAUGGCACCCCCGCAGUCACCCCCGUCCCUUGCGGUCUCUCCGUAUAUCGGUUCAUCCUCCCUAUGGACGUUGUCAAGGACGCCAUCGGGCAUGACGAUCAGAUGCCGGCUAUGUACAACUACGACGAGGGCACCUUCGUAGCGAUUGUCGCCGCUGGCGAUGAGGGCAACCGCAACGUCGUCAUGUACCCUUGCCGUGGGCACAGGCAGAUGAACUUUGCCUGCGCGGUCCCAGACACAAGCCUUAGGAAUCCAUCUCAACUCGAGUACUCGUGGAACGCUAAGGGCAGCGCGGAUGAACUGUUGGAGGGAAUCCAGGGGUUCCCAGAGUGGCUCAAGCGGGUCUUCAGGCGAGUAAACGAGCACUACCCAGACAAAUGUCUGCACUUAUUUCUUUCGCGCGAUGAGCUAACGGUCCGCGACCAGGAACCGCUGCCCACGUACGUCAAGGGUCGAACCAUGCUGAUAGGUGACGCCGCCCACACCAUGGUGCCGUACCAAGGCCAGGGCGCCAAUCAGGCUCUUGAAGACGUCGAAGGUCUCGAUGUGCUCCUUGCGGAUGUGACUGACCGUGACGGCAUCCCGGGUCUCCUAUGCACCUGGGACAGCGUCCGCCGGCCACGCGCAUCCGAGAUCCAGAGGAGUUCACGCGCUUCGCAAGCUAAGAUCGCGUCGAGGAGUGCGAGUGAUGCGAUUCUUUCGGUGAAGCCGUAUAUGAGUAUCAAAGAGGCGCUUGCGCAGCUACAGGGGCAGCAGAGUGGUAAAAUUGUGGCUUGA